UCGGUUACCUCAGCCGUCGCUAGGGGGCAUAUUGACACGCUGCAACUACUGUUGAGUCAUGGCGCGAAUGUUGAGAGUAUUGGCAUGUUUGAGGACAGGACUGCUCUUCAUAUUGCUGCUGAUAAUGGAAAUGAAGCCAUCGCCAAGAUUUUGCUAGAUUAUAACGCAGACCCAAAUGCUCAAAGCGUGGAGUGGGGGACGCCCCUUGGUAUUGCCUCAUAUUCCGACAAUGAAGCAAUCGUCAAGCUUUUGAUUGAAUACGGAGCCAAGGUCAACACUAUCAGUGCUUCUGAACACGGUACCGCUCUCUGCGCUGCUGCGUCUAAUGGUUCCCAUAGCGCCUCCAUCUGCUACUUGGUAGAGAAAGCUGGAGACGAUAUACAUGCAGUGGGUGGCUUUUAUGGCACCGCCUUACAGGCAGCAUCAUCUAGGGGGUACCUUUACACCGUCGCGCUGCUUCUUCACAAUGGUGCAUCACCGAAUGAAGAAGGUGGUCGCUGCGGAACUGCCCUCCAAGCAGCUGCGUAUCACGGGUACUUGGACGUGGUCAAUUUGUUGCUCGGCAAAGGUGCUAAGGUGAAUCAGAGGGGCGGUUUGUACGACACGGCAUUGCAAGCGGCUGCCUUCCAGGGCCACACUGAAGUAGUUGAGCUUUUGCUUAAGCAUGGAGCGAACGUACACCUACAAGGG